ACUUCUCGCGUCCAGUCCCGGGCCUUCGCUCUCGGCCGCCUGGAGCGUACUCGGGGCCGACGUUCUACGUAGGAGGAGUGCAGUGCGCGCGCGCAUGACGCAGUUGCCCAUGGUAACCGGGAGCCGCGUAGAGGAUGGGUUUGCUGUCAAUUCUGCGUAAAUUGAAGAGUGCGCCAGACCAGGAGGUAAGGAUCCUCCUCCUGGGAUUGGAUAAUGCUGGCAAGACCACACUUUUGAAACAGCUAGCAUCUGAAGAUAUCACCCACAUCACUCCAACACAGGGUUUCAACAUUAAAAGUGUGCAAGCACAAGGCUUCAAGCUGAAUGUGUGGGACAUCGGCGGACAGAGGAAGAUCAGGCCAUAUUGGAGGAAUUAUUUUGAGAAUACUGAUAUCCUGAUUUAUGUCAUUGAUAGUGCAGACAGGAAGAGAUUUGAAGAAACAGGUCAGGAGCUAGCGGAGCUCGUAGAUGAAGAGAAGCUAAGCGGUGUUCCUGUGCUCAUCUUUGCGAACAAACAGGAUUUGCUGACGGCAGCCCCUGCUGCAGAGAUCGCAGAGGGUCUGAACUUGCACACGAUCCGUGACAGAGUCUGGCAGAUUCAGUCUUGUUCAGCCCUCACAGGAGAGGGCGUGUCGGAUGGCAUGAACUGGGUCUGCAGAAAUGUCAACGCAAAGAAGAAAUAAGUUGAACUGAGUUGCAUGCAAUUGGAGGAACUGCAGGAGCCAAAUACACUAGCUGGCUGCUGGUGUCUGACCAAAUAUUUUUCCAUCUGCAACUAGCUACAGCUGUUAAAAAUGGGAACGGCAGCUAAGUCUACUGCUCAAAUUGGAACUUUAUCUGCUCUUCAGUAACAUUCCCCACUUUAACUGCAUUUCCCUCUCCCCAUCUCUCCCCCCCCCCCAGCGUAAAUAGUAUUAAAGGUCUUGACUUUCAUCUGCCUAAACAAUGAGAUUUGAAAACGGGAUCAGGUUGCAGUCUGGCCUAAAGACUUCGGGUGGGUUCCACAGAGUUAGGAUGACCAUAGCAACGCGUAUGAAAUCACUCAGGAUGCUCACCUAGCCCCGUUCAUUCAUCAACCAGUGAUGUUUCGUUAGCAGCACUUGUGCUUCAAUUUAGAAAUGGUAAGUUCCUUUGUAUAAUGUUGGCAAGAUACUUAUAUGGCCUCAUGAAGAGCCUUUAUUGUAACAAUAUGUACAGGUGUCUCUGCCCUUCAUUUCAAAACCAUAUGUUGCAAUUCAAAUUCCUAACAGUCUGAAUGUAAGAAGCAGCAGGGCAUGAGGUAUGCUAUAAUUUGUUCAUAUAAAACCGUGACAGGCUGCAAUGCAGUGUUGCAUUUAUGGCUGGCAAAAACAUUUCCAAGAAUUUAGGGUCAGUAGGGACCAAGAGCUCUUUGGCAUUCAGUCUAGUUGCACUGUGUAUUAACUCACUCUGUCAGGCUGGAGUUCAGUAGCAUAGUGGCAGUAAAUUCAGUGUGCAAAGUCUUCCUGCAAGUCCUUUUUGAGGGCGGCUUUGUGGCAGGUUUGGAUUCAGUACCCUUGAAACCAACAACCCAUGUAGUAAAGCUGCUUAUCCCAGGUAGUCCAAAUAGUUGUGGACUGUGAGUUUAGCAGGGACAAUGUGAUGGCUCGUCUGUCCAUAUGUGUCAUUGUUCUGGCUGUACGGCCUGUUGUCCCUAUUUUGCCACUCUGUGCUGCUUUCUGCACAUCCAGUGGAGAACUGCAUUGCCGAACUAACUGUGCAGGAAGUGGCAGUCUGGGUGUGUUCAAAAAGAGAGAUCCUUCCCUUCAGGAAGUAUUUGAUCAAUCUUAGUAGGGGGCUAGGGAGAAAGUUAUAGAUUUGCCAAGGGAAGCGUUGCUGCAUCGGGCCCAAGUGCAAGAACAGAAAGCCCAAAUGAGUCUGUAAUGAACACUCAUGGGGAAGAGGGAUGAAAGAAGCACCUGGCCCUUUGAGGAAAUAGUCAUACUGUAUGAUUGACAAAUCACAGCAUAUCGCCACAACACCAGGAUAUGGCAUCGUUGGCUGCUUCUUGUCGCUAGGUUGUCUGCUAAAUUUGUCCAAGUUCAGAGUAAUUUGGUUGAGGGCGGUCUUGCAUGCAAUGAAUUUAGCACGCAGCAUGCAGAUUAUAGCCAGAGUUUAGGGCUGAAAAUGCCAUGGCAACUGUGGCAGUGCCCUUGCUCAUUCCUGGUGGGAGGGAGCCAUCUUGCUUGCCUACAGCUCAGGCGGCGUGCAUGCCUUGUGGAGAGCCAGUGUGUGUUAGCUGUUUUCAGACAUUCCUUGACCAAUAUAAUCCAUUGUCAUUCAUGAUUUUGUGGUAGUUGCUUAUUCCCUAUUAAUCUAGAGGCAGCAACUGCAAAUUUAGGAGAGUCAGACUCUGUCUUGCUGCUUGGUGGUUUGCAAAAACAUAAAUUCUAGAUUAGAUUAGAUAUAUUAAAUCUCUGUCUCAUCUACUUCGGGCAGUUUAUGAGGGAAAUAAAACCAUAAACAUUACAAGAAUUACGAGUAAUAAAAUAAAGCACAGGUAACAAUCGAAAUCAAUCCAUUAAGAUCCCCCAAGCAAUACAGUUUAAAAUAUGUAUUUCCACAGACUAGCAAAAGAUGACUAAAAGCAGAUACUUCAUAUUGCUCCAUACCUUUUGGGAAGCUGGUGACAUGUUGCAAUUAAUGAUUUAUGUUUUUUAAAAUACAUUCUUUCUCUAGAGGUCCACUGUAUACAAGCCACUGCAGAAAGUUUUUCUGCACUUGUUGUCCAAUUUUAAAGAAAUAAAAUUGCGCUGCAAUUAUUCAGUCCAGAUGUUGGAAAGGCCUGUCUGCAUAAUGUCUGCAAGAUUCUCCCCUAAAACCCAACAGCCAUCAGUCAGUCUGUUCAGCUCAGGAGAAUGUACGUUUUCUUCAUUGUUCUUCAACCUAAAAAUUACCCCCAGCUCACAAAUUGUGAAGCAAACUCACAACUUUACCUUUGAGCACUAAUUACAGCUCUCCAAACCUAAACAGUAAGUGCAAAUUGUCCCAUUUUUUUCCUGGUUCUGUCCCUAUCUCUUCUCUUGCUGAAAACGUAUAUUGUGGGGGAAAGGGGAUCUCACUGGUUGCAAGUGCAGCUCAUCAAACCAGAAAAAGCCAUUGAUUUCAACAAGCCCCAAAACUCUAGAUUUCAUACCUGCAUUAAGCUCAAACCACUUAGAGCUAACUAGAUCUUCUAAGAACGACAAGAUGGGAUUGGUCCAAUGAUCCCAAAGGCUUAUACUGAGUGGAUGCUUCACAAGCAACAUGUAAGAAAUAGGACAGUUAUGGAACCAUUGCCCUCUGUUGUUCUUAACAAAGAGAAAAAGAUUAUCCUGAGCAUGAGAAUGCACAUCUUCUGACUAAUUUAGUUAACAGCUGUUCUUGAACCAAUCCUCCAUGAUUUGAUCUAUUCUUUUAAAAAAAAUCUGGUUCUAUUAUUGGCCUUCACAGUAUUCCUAGCUCUGCACACUUGGUAUGUACUGUGUGAAACAGAUUUUCAUUACUUACAUACCAUAGAAGCUAUGCUCCAAGUCCUUGGCAAGCUAUUUGGCCAGUAAAUUAUCCUUCAUUUUAAAAAAAAUAAUUGCAUAUUUCCUAUUUGGAUGUCACUAAGCUGUCUUGAUACAUUUAAAGGCAAGCCAAAAUGGCUGAAAUAUAGCUUGAGGGGCCUGAGUUACUACUGUAACACAUUAGAAUGAAAAGAGAGCAUGGUUCAGAUGUGGUUCAUUUAUUUACGCUUUUGACACAUGGUUACAUCUACUCUCCACAAAGACCUUUUUUAUAUGCCAGAUUAUGCUCAGAUGCUUUACAAAGCCAUAGCUGCAAACUCUACCCAGUGCACCAUCUCUGCUUUUCCAUUCUCUUACUUUAGGGGACAUCCAGUGUUUAUGAGCUCUUAGUUUUCUUCUCUCUUUUUUGAAGUUAAUGAAAAGGGUAUGUGAUGAUACUUGGUGACGUUAUGCCUCAGUGUAUAUGUUUAGCUGUUUGGCAAACUUGAAUAAAAUUUAGUAGAAAUGA